UCUUGUUUGUGGUGAUAACGGUUUUAUAUUUAAUUGGGAUGAUUAAGCCCGUGAUUAUGCUUUAUUCGGGGACCAUCAUCCUAAAAGCCUGCAAACCGGGUCCGAUAAUUUGCAGGGAACACAGGCUUUACCCACAAAUAUCAGAUUAUGUGUAAAGCAGGAGCCAAUAAUUCAAGUGUUGAGAUGCAUCCUGAUCUCUCAUCUCAUCUUCAUUCUGCUGAAUGUAAUGAAAUAAUAAAUGCAUUCCAGCAGUGUCAUGUUGAUCAUCCAGUUCGUAAAUUCAUGGGACACUGCAAUGAUCUGGAUAGAGCACUGACCAGGUGCUUAAAGGCAGAGAGGAAGAAGAAACAAGAAGCUAACUUUGCAAAAUCAAGAAGUUUCCAAAAGCGUACUCAACAGAAUCCGGAGCAGUCACAGUAGCAACAGAACUCUUAGAUACAAAGGGAAAAUAUUUUGUUAUGGACUUUUCUGUUCACUGUAUCUUCUGGGUGAAAUGUGAACUUUCAGGAGAGCCUUGAAGAGUGGACGUAUUCAGGUGGUGUAUCAAUCACAGUGUGAUAUUGUGCUUCAGACCAUCAACUGUGCACAGACUGGUUGGGAGGGUUAGUGCAUAUUGCUUUCUUCACUCUUGGAUGUGUGCUAUGAGAAAGACGGGCCAGAGGUAUGAGGUGCCACAUUUGCUGUGCAGAGUUGUGUCCCUUAGCCUUGCCAGGAUCAGUUGGCCUUUCCCCCAGACAUUAUGCAUCUUCCCAAGGCAAGGGAGUUAACUGACUGUAAAAGUCUAAUUUCUGCCCUUGCUGAACAAGGCUGGAAUUUUGUGGCUCAGUCAUAGUGCCACCAGUGGCUAUUGUUACUGUAAACAAAGAGAAAUGCCUAUAUAUAAAAUAAUGCAUCUUCCGGGGGUAAAAGCGUCCACUAGCCUUGUUUAUCAAACUAGGCUUUGAUAUAGGCUAGUGAACGUGCUUGCCCCGGGAAGAGGAAAAUAAGGGGAAUUAAAUAUCUAAUAAUGGGAACAGGCAUUAAGUAGACUUUGAUGCCUCCUCUCUUGAAACGUCAAUUAUGUUGAUUUAAAAACACAACAUUUCUUCUGGCCUUUAGAUUGACACAGUCUAGCUGGAUGAGAGCAUUAGUCUAUUCAGAAGAUCUUUGCAUUAUUUUGUGUGGUGGUUCAAGAACGAAGAUUUCUUGUCAUCAUCACAGUCCUGUGCCCACUUGCACAAAGCGAUCUUAGUGUUAAGACUAUUGUAAGCCUAUGUUAAAGUAUGGGAGUAAGCAUCAUCUAAGUGCUAAGAUCGCUUUGUGCAUAUGGCCCCUGCUCUCCUCAUCCAACUCAUGUUGAUUCAGUGUUAGAGUAGGCCUCCAGCAACCAAUGCUUAUCCUGCUAGGUGACAAUGACUCUGAUGGUAGUCUUUGUGACUUGGUUGACUUUGUACCUCACAACGUGGGACAUUGCUUAUAAUAUCAAUCAGUGGAAUGUCUAGUCCAGACUAAAUUAUAUACAGCCUGCUGUUAUAUGGCUGGAAUAAUAUUAAUUUAGGAUUGAACAACAGAAUUUUCAUCCUCUAGCUUGCCUUCUCUGAAUGUACAUGACUGUCUUAUGUAAUUACAGUUUAUAUCCGCCACAGUGAAUGUUUUUAUAGAUAAUAUAUCCAUGUAUAGCCAACUUCCUUUUGAUAAAAAGUCACAUAAAACAUUAAAAGACAUUUUCAUAUU